AGAAGUACGGUGCGGUGUUGACAUCUGUCAGUUGCUGCAAGUCACACAGAUUAUAGCAAUAUUAACGUGAAUAUUAACGUGAAUAGUCAGUUAUAUUAUCUGGUAAUAAGCGAACAUCCGCUUCAUUGUGUGUUUUCUUUUUUAUUAUUAUUUCAUAAAUGUUCGCUUUUAUCUCAAAUCAACAUCUUCGUGAAGGAAAACAGAUAACUUAACGUUAAUAAACAGCUGAUUGUGCAGCGUCAUUUCAAAAUAAUCAACAAUACAUGACAAAAACCCGACGAAUGAGAAAUGUGGAUCGUUUAUCUAUUCGAGCUGUUUCUGAUUUCCAGGAAGUUUCUUUAAACUAAGUUAAUGUCGCAGCUGAACGUGGCCCUGGAGGAUGAGCAGAAGGAGAGACGCUCUGCUGUCAGUGACCCUCCAGACUGUUUACCUGACAGUUUGCAUUGUGAGCCGUCCGUCAUCGCCACAGACACAAGCCCCUCCCCUUCUAGUAAUGGAGUGAACCUCCUGUCAUUGCCAUGGGAGAUCGUGACUCAGAUCGCCUCACAUCUCCCGGCGCAGUGUGUCAUCAAUGUGCUGCCAAAGGUGUGCCAGACGCUGGGAAAGGUUGGCGAGGAUCGUUUGGCCUGGCAGCUUCGGACUCAGAAACUCUGUGGCCCGGCAGCAUCCUUCCCAGUCGGACCAAAGCAGGAUUUUGAUUGGUCCAGAGCCUGCUUGGAAAUGGAGGAGCUGAUUGGCCACUGGAAAGGACAGGGGACUCCGACGGAGAAACAGGAAAUGGUGGAAGACAGACAAGAAGUGGCAGCUGAAGCCGUAAAUGGCGAAGCCCCGGCAGCGGAGGCUAACAUGGUCCAAAUGCAACUGGAUGUUGAUUUAAAUGCACAGAUUCAAUCCCAGAAUGCCUCAUCCAGCACUUCUUCUCCGCUCGAGCACAUGGUCCUCCCCUCAGGGCACAUCGCGGAUGUGAAUUGUGUCCUCCUGCUGGGGGGUGCUGGGGCUGUGUGUGCCUCCGGCUCCAGGGACCGGAAUGUAAACCUGUGGGACCUGAAUGAGGGUCCGAGAGGUGCGUUAAUGCACACUCUGGGGGGACGUGGCACUAUCAGUACCCAUCGGGGAUGGGUGUGGUGUCUGGCGUCCAGUGGACCUCUUCUGGCCUCGGGAUCGUUCGACAGCAUGGUAAAGCUCUGGGAUCUGCAGGCCGGAGGAGCAGAGCGAGGACUCAUCCAGUGUAAAGCGGCAGUGCUGUGUCUGUCCUGCGAGCGGGACACGGUGCUGGCCGGAUCACAUGACCAGAGGCUGAGCAUCUACGACACACGAGCCGCAAAUCCUCUGGUCAAGAGUCUCCGUCUUCAUAGUGAUGCAGUGUUGUGUCUGGCGGCUGAUGACCAGUUCAUCCUAUCAGGCAGUAAAGACCAAAGCGUGGCUCUGUUCGACCGCAGGGCUGGAAAACUCCUGCAGAAAGUACAGUUGAGCUCGUAUCUGCUGUCCGUAAGCUUCAGUGGAUCAGAGGUUUGGGCUGGUGAUAAUCGUGGACUCCUGCACACCUUCUCCAUGAGCAGCAGCUGCCUGACGCCUGUACAGCAGUUUAAAACACACACUUCACUGGUCACCGGCGUUCACUACACCCCUGGCGCUCUCUACACCUGCUCAUCCGACCGCUCCAUCAAGAUCCACCUCCCAUCUGCUCCACCAAAAACACUCUGCACACUCCACCAUCAGGCCGGAGUCAAUGGGUUAAGUGUUAAAGGAGGGACUCUGGCCAUCGCUUCUGGAGACAUGAACGUGGAGGUGUGGAGACCCAGAUGCUGACCGCUGAACACCACCAGAACAACAGCUUUUAUUGACAAGAUGAAGGUUUUUAUGUGUCUGGUUUGUGUUUCUGCUGCUACUAGAAACAAAAGUAUGACAUUCCCAGUUUUCAGUCUUUCUCUGUGAACAAACACUACACAUUUCAGUGCCUCAUAACACAGCUACAACACUGCUCCACU